ACAGAGCUGAAAAUAAUGAUGAUGGUGAUGAAAAAAAGAAGAGACAAUGCAUUCUGUUCUAUCCCCUUCCCACAUGUAUCGUACAACUCACGGAAACCCCCUCAAUCCCCCUAGGAAAAGACAAGCCAAGAAUGACACAGUUAGGAGGGGAAGGGCCAAGUACUAUUCUCCUUGCUCUCCUCUCCGUCUUGUGCUUCUUGUUCCUAUUCCCAUAUCCAUUCCUAUGUGAAUGUCCCAAUCUGUUGUAUCAUUACAAACCCUUGCAUUUGCCUUCCCCCAGCCCCCCUCUGUUUUGUUUUCUCUUCCAUUUUCCUCGACCAGACCAGACCAGACCAGAGAAUGGUUGGAUGGUAUGAAGGUGAUUGAACCCAGAACUCAUCCCAUGACCCCAACCCCAAUGAUGUUAACGCCGACCCAUUCGAAAGACGCCGAUGUCAAACCCUGCUGAAGCAAAACAUGAAAAUAUGACCAGGACGUUGUUGAUGUUGUUGUUGUUGCUGCUGCUGCCAUCGCCACCGAGCCCAUUUCCAUCAUUGUCGUUGUCAUCGUAGUUGCCAUCCCC